CUCUCCCUCUCUCUCUCUCUACUAACAUUGGUGCCAUACGUCUCUCAUGUGUGUACGGUGCCGGAGAGACUUGCUCCGCUCGGACAAUUUUCCUCCCCUCUUUCUCCUAAACGAGACCGGUGAACAGAGAGAAAGGGAAAGCUAGAGAGAGAGAGGGAAGCCUGCGUUCUCCAAAUUUGCAUUAUAAGAAUACCAGUCUUUAAAUCUUGCUUCAACUCAGCGAGAGAGAGAAAGAGAGAGAGAGAGAGAGAGAGAGACUGUGAGUAUGAGAAGUCGACACAGCGAGAAGGUCUCGGUUAAAUGGAUCCUCAUCCUCUGCAUAUCCAGCUUCGCUUUUGGGAUGCUCUUCACCAACAGGAUGUGGGCAGCUCCUGAAUUGAACAAGAAUAUUAUAUCGAGGAGACGCCAGGAUCAGGAGCUCCAGGUUGUCUCGGAGGAAUGCACAACAAAACGGCAGACGCUUGGCCAAGACAAGGAUAUAAUGGGGGAGGUGUUUAGGACCCACGAAGCUAUACAGUCAUUGGAUAAGACAAUCUCUACUCUUCAAAUGGAGAUAGCAGCUACUCGGAGUUCACAGGAGAUGAAUGUUGAAGGUUCCCCUGCCCUUUCAAAAUCUUCCCAUGAAGCAUCUCAACUUCGAAAGAAGGCUUUUGUUGUGAUUGGUAUUAAUACUGCAUUUAGUAGCAGGAAGCGGCGAGAUUCUCUCAGAGAAACAUGGAUGCCUCAAGGUGAAAAGCUCCUUCAACUUGAGCGAGAGAAGGGAAUUGUCAUCCGCUUCAUGAUUGGCCACAGUGCCACUUCCAAUAGCAUUCUGGACCGUGCUAUUGAUUCAGAAGAAGAUCAGCAUAAGGAUUUCCUGAGGCUGGACCAUGUUGAAGGCUAUCAUGAACUAUCUGCAAAAACCAAGAUAUUUUUUAACACCGCGGUUACCAAAUGGGAUGCUGAGUUCUAUGUUAAGGUCGAUGAUGAUGUUCAUGUCAAUUUAGGUAUGCUUGUGGCCACUCUUGCCCGGCAUCAAUCGAAACCUAGAGUCUACAUAGGAUGCAUGAAGUCUGGACCAGUUCUGUCACAAAAAAGUGUGAAGUAUCAUGAACCUGAAUACUGGAAGUUUGGAGAGGAAGGGAACAAAUACUUCAGGCAUGCUAGUGGGCAAAUUUAUGCCAUCUCCAAGGAUCUGGCUACAUAUAUUUCAAUCAACCAGCCUAUACUGCACAAGUAUGCCAAUGAAGAUGUUUCCCUGGGAGCCUGGUUUAUUGGGCUUGAAGUCGAACAUAUUGAUGACCGCAGCUUUUGCUGUGGAACUCCACCUGAUUGUGAGUGGAAGGCACAAGCUGGAAAUGUGUGUGUAGCAUCUUUCGACUGGAGCUGCAGUGGGAUCUGCAAGUCAGUAGAGAAGAUAAAAAAUGUGCACACACGGUGUGGUGAAGGUGAUGGAGCUGUAUGGAGUGCUCUUUCAUAGAAACCCUUGUUUUUCAGUGAGGGUUUGAUUUUGUGAAGACAUUUUUCGAACUUGCACUUGAGCAUUUGGGAUUAAGUUUUUGGGUACCGAGAAAGCAGCUAAACAUGGGAUCUUUCUUCAAGACGGCCAACGGUGCUGAUAGAACGUGGUCCAUGAAUCAAGUGCUUGUCCCAUGACUGUGUUAAGUGCUUCGAGUAGAGAAGAUGAGGAGAUUGGAGUUCUACCAAUGGUGGUAUGGUCGGUUGCUACUUGUUGGUUGGUUCUGGUAGAAUCGGGAAUCGGAUUAGUUUUGGUGUUUAUUUAUUAUGAAUAUUAUUCUUAUUACUGUCAUGAUUAUUUUUGCUGUAAUGCAAGCUGUUUUGGACACUUGGAAUUCUUUGCUGGGGCUGAUUGCUUUGUAAUGCAGGGUAUAUAUGUUAUACAUUUAAACAUUUUAUGGGCAGCACAGCCCUCUAAACUCCUCCUAA